AUGGAGUUACUGCUUAUUGUCGUUGGUCUACUUUCGCUGCCAGUUACUGCUGGAGAUGAACCGAAGCAAUGGACCCCCAAUGACCCUUGUCCAACUUCAAUCAAUGCUGUGUUCAGCAGAUAUACUGAGCAUGUAUCCCCAUUCAGCACCUUCGAGCGCGUCCAUGAAGCAUUGCAAGUAUGCCCUAACGUUACCGAGUUACAUAUGACGACCAGGAUUCCCAAAGACUUCAAUGGUGAAGAUCGACUACCUUUCAAAAUCGAUGGCAUUGAACGAUAUAUCUCCAGGCCACAAAUCUUGUCCCUCACAGACUACAAUUUCGAUCAUGAUGAGUGGUCGUAUAUAAGACCCCAAGGAGAUCACUGGACGGGUGAGAAUGGUACAUGGCCCGUGUCUUCUUCAACCAAUCCUGUCGUCAUGUGGACUGUAGACAUGUUCUAUAAAGCUAUAUGGCAAUGGGAAUGUCUACAAGCAUUCGUGAGAUAUAUGGCUCUCUUGCCGCGGCCGCACUAUAGUGAUGUCCAGAGGUAUCAAGGGCAUCACACAACAUGGUAUUCCCAAAGGCAUGCACCAUCGGAGAGACGGUCCAUGGAAAAUAUCCAGCGCUGGCUAGAAGUCAUGGACUUUUCUCACGUACAUACAUUGACAAUCGCCGAGUCUGUUAGAAUACCAAGAGGAAAGGGCCUCUACCAAGAUCUUCCACGCGCACUCACUGGUCUCAACACACUAAAAAUUCAGGGUCGAUGGCAGCGAUACAUGACCGAAUUCGAUUUAAACAAUGACCAUUUAUACCAGUAUGCGGAUGAUCGGCUCCGCAGGAACAGAUAUCCGGUGCCGAUGGUGGUGCCAGCACAGGAUUUUAUAACGGCAUUGCACCCACAGCUGACGAGCCUUGCUUGGACUAAGAGUGGACCUGUGCGAGACGAAGUUCUUGAAGCCGUUUUGAGGCAUCAUGGAUCUUCGCUCAGGCAUUUAGAGUGGACGACUACAGAGUUGAAGUGGUCGAGCUUUUCAGUAGAGCAGAUACGAAGUCUGGGUAAAUGGGCUCCCGGACUAACAAACUUGACUGUCAACUUGGAUCGGGUGGAUGGCACGUGGCCAUGGAAACAUCUCAAAGCUGUGGCUGAGAGCCUACCAAAGUUGAUCAAUUUGACCAUAUACCUCGAUAUGUACGACGAGGCAUCAAACUUUGAACCUGACAAUGAGGAGUUCCGACCAGCGAAACCUCCAUUGACGAAAGAGGCUUCACUCGACAUGUUUAACAUUCUCAACCUUUUUAAGGCUGGCGAUAAGCUUCAGCAUGUCGAGUUUAGGCAGGGGGAUUGGGAGGGGUACGUUGGAGAAUACAAGAAAUGGGAAGGGAGACGAGUGAUCCAAGGGCCGAAAAAGUGGACAAAAUGUGGUUUGGAGAUUCAGAGAAGAGUUUUGAAGCCGACAUGUGAGGAGGGCCAUGAGAGCAAAGUCUAA